UUGCAGAAGGUGACCGACGAGGCUCCGUGUUAUGACGACCCCCAACAAAGGAAACAAGGCCUUAAAGGUGAAGCGAGAGCCGGGCGAGAAUGGGACCAGCUUGACGGAUGAGGAGCUGGUGACCAUGUCCGUGCGGGAGCUGAACCAGCAUCUGCGGGGCCUGUCGAAGGAGGAGAUCAUCCAGCUGAAGCAGCGCCGGCGCACGCUGAAGAACCGGGGCUAUGCGGCCAGCUGCAGAGUCAAGCGCGUAACCCAGAAGGAGGAACUGGAGAAGCAGAAGGCCGAGCUGCAGCAGGAAGUGGAGAAGCUGGCCUCCGAGAACGCCAGCAUGAAAAUGGAACUGGAUGCUCUCCGCUCCAAAUACGAGGCGCUCCAGAACUUCGCUAGAACCGUGGCCCGGAGCCCCGUGACCCCCGUGCGGGGGCCGCUUACCUCCAGCGUGGGGCCCCUGGUCCCUGGCAAGGUUGCUACCACUAGUGUCAUCACGAUAGUGAAAUCCAAAACGGACGCCCGGUCUUAGUGAAGCGAGUGUCGCCUGAGCUUGUCUGUGCAGGGCAAUUAGGCACAAAACCAGCCUGGAAUCCCCAAAGCACAAACCCUCCCGCACGGGUCCGGGUUCCUCCCGCUUGGCCCGCGACCGGCCUGCUGAUCACUCCGGUUUUGUUGUGUUGUGUUCGGA